AUGGAGCUCCCGGAGGAGUCUGCUCCCGGACCGGGGGGCGCGGACGCUGCGUCCGAGCGCCGUGGACUGCGCCUGCUGCUGUCCGGCUUUCAACAGGAGCUGUGGGCGCUCCUGGUCCUGGCGGGUCCUGCGUUCUUGGCCCAGCUGAUGAUGUUCCUGAUCAGCUUCAUAAGUUCAGUGUUCUGUGGCCACCUGGGCAAGCUGGAGCUGGACGCAGUUACACUGGCAAUCGCGGUUAUCAAUGUCACUGGCAUUUCAGUGGGGCAUGGCUUGUCUUCCGCGUGUGACACCCUCAUCUCCCAGACAUUCGGGAGCCAGAACUUGAAGCACGUGGGGGUUAUCCUGCAGAGGGGGAUACUCAUCCUGCUCCUCUGCUGUUUCCCCUGCUGGGCGCUCUUCAUCAACACUGAGCACAUUCUACUGCUCUUCAAGCAGGACCCAGAUGUAUCCAGGCUCACCCAGACUUAUGUCAUGAUCUUCAUCCCAGCGCUUCCUGCAGCCUUUCUUUAUACGUUACAAGUUAAAUACUUGCUCAACCAGGGUAUUGUUCUGCCGCAGAUUGUGACUGGCAUCGCAGCCAACCUUGUCAAUGCCCUGGCCAACUAUCUGUUUCUCUAUCACCUACAUCUAGGGGUGAUGGGCUCAGCGAUAGCCAACACCAUCUCCCAGUUUGCCUUGGCCAUCCUCCUGUUUCUCUACAUCCUCUGGAGAAAACUACAUCAAGCCACCUGGGAAGGGUGGUCCUGGGAGUGUCUGUAUGACUGGGCCUCCUUCCUGCGACUGGCUGUCCCCAGCAUGCUCAUGCUGUGCAUUGAGUGGUGGGCCUAUGAGAUCGGCAGCUUCCUGAGUGGUAUCCUUGGCAUGGUGGAGCUGGGAGCCCAGUCCAUCACCUAUGAAUUGGCUAUCAUUGUGUACAUGAUCCCUGCAGGCUUCAGUGUGGCCGCCAAUGUCCGGGUGGGAAAUGCAUUGGGAGCUGGAAACAUUGAACAGGCCAAGAAGUCCUCAACAGUUUCCUUGAUAGUCACAGAGCUCUUUGCUGUGACCUUCUGUGCCCUGCUGCUAGGCUGUAAGGAUCUUGUGGGCUACAUUUUCACUACUGACCGAGAGAUCGUGGACUUGGUGGCUCAAGUGGUCCCCAUUUAUGCUGUGUCCCACCUCUUUGAAAGUCUUGCUUGUACCUGUGGUGGUGUUCUGAGGGGCACUGGAAACCAGAAGGUUGGAGCCAUUGUUAACGCCAUAGGAUAUUAUGUGAUCGGCCUCCCCAUCGGGAUUGCACUGAUGUUCGCAGCCAAGCUGGGAGUGAUAGGUCUGUGGUCAGGGAUCAUCAUCUGCUCGUUCUGUCAGGUUGCAUGUUUUCUGGUUUUUAUUGCUCGGCUCAAUUGGAAACUCGCCUGUCAACAGGCUCAAGUACAUGCCAAUUUGAAGGUGAAUGUGGCCCUGAAUGGGAAUUCUGCUGUGUCUCAGGAGCCAGCUCACUCAGUGGGUCCUGAAAGCCAAGGAGAAAUUAUGAUGAUGAAUCUGGAGAAAAAGGAUGAGACUCAGUUGGACCAGCAGACGAACCAGCAACACGUUUUGCCUGUCCACCCGAAGGACAGCAAUGAACUGUCUAGGAAACAGUUGACCCUUCGGCGAGGGCUCCUGCUCCUGGGAGGAGUUUUUUUCUUGGUGGGGGGGAUUUUAGUGAGAAUAUAUGUCAGAAUUGAGUGA